GCGAAAUAGAAAGACUUAACAGCAAGAACAGCAAGGAGCCGCGGCCUUGGGCACAGGAUCAAGAAGACGGAUACAGCUACAGAUGAGCAAGAGAGAGCUAGAAGUUGAUGGCGCCAUCCUGCCCGCCAAAGACGGCGACCGGCCUGGGCUUGAUGAAGUGCAAUUCUCUGACGAAGACAGUGAUACAUUCGAGACGGAAGAUGAAGACGAGAUCUUCCAGCAGAGUGAGGAGGAAGGCGAUGAGGAGAACAUGAACGUCAAUGACCCACAAAAAGCGCAAGCCUGGCUGCCAGGGAUGCAAUUGGGCAAGGACGAAGUGCUCGAGGCAGACAUGACCGCCUAUGAAAUGCUCCACAAUGUCAAUGCCAAGUGGCCGUGCCUCACUUUUGAUGUGCUCUGGGAUAAUCUAGGAGAAGAACGCCGGACGUACCCUGCUUCGCUUUACCUUGUAACUGGCACACAAGCAGACCAGCCCAAGCACAAUGAGAUCCAGGUCAUCAAAUGCACCAACCUCAUCAAGACACAGGUGGAUGAUGAUUCUUCUGUGUCGUCUAGCGAGUCAAUGGAUGAAGACCCUGCAUUGUCUUACAGAGCGCUGCCUGUCCUUUCCGGCACAAACAGAAUACGAGCAACUCAGCAAAGGGGCCUACCUCACCUGGCAGCCGCAUUGAAUGAGUCGAGCAGCAUUUACAUCUACAACCUCGAGCCACAUGUACAAUCUCUCGAAAACGAUCCUUCAGGGCCUUCUCUACUCAAGAAUCAGGCUCACAAUCAGCCCAUCCACACCAUCAAGGCGCAUCGCGUUGAAGGUUAUGCACUAGAUUGGUCAUCAUUAGUGCCAGGGAAAUUAGUCUCUGGUGAUAAUGACGGCCGCAUCUUUGUGACGACGAGACAGGAAGAUGGGUCAUGGACUACUGAUACGAAACCGUUUCUAGGCCAUGCGGGUUCGGUCGAGGAUCUCCAAUGGUCACCAACAGAGAAGACUGUAUUUGCGUCAUGCUCCUCUGACAAGACCAUCAAGAUUUGGGAUACACGGUCAAAGAAGCAUACACCUGCGCUAUCCGUACAAGCGCACAAGACCGAUGUCAAUGUCUUGUCGUGGAACAAGCUCGUGCCAUAUCUCAUUGCAACCGGAUCUGACGACGGCCAGAUCUGCGUAUGGGAUUUGAGAGAAUUCUCCAAGCAGGGAGAUGCGCCAACCAAGCCAGUUGCCUCGUUUGACUGGCACAAGGGCGCAAUCACUUCGAUUGAGUGGCAUCCCUCAGAUGAAUCUGUGCUGACAGCUGCCGGCGCGGAUGACCAGGUCACAAUCUGGGAUCUGUCUGUUGAGCUAGAUGCUGAAGAGCAAGCCGCCAAGGCCGCAGAGGGCCUCGCUGAUGUGCCGAGCCAGCUAAUGUUUACUCAUAUGGGCCAGAAGGAUGUCAAAGAGGUGCACUGGCACAAGCAGAUGCCGGGUACCAUCAUUUCUACGUCCGCGACGGGCUUUAAUGUUUUUAAGAGCGCCUUUGUGUAGGUCGGCUUAUCACGUCAACUCUUGCUAUAGCCACUAUCGAUUCGUGCAAUUGCGACAAGUUUGUUGUCCUGUUACAAGUCAUCAUCUUUUACAUGUUACGAGUCACCACAUCACGUUACAGACGAGCUUCUCAUCAAAGCCAGGACGCGUCAGGGGUAAGAAACCAUCUGA